AUGGCGUUCAAGAUCAGUGUUAGCAUGGACUCUCCCUUUACCCUAGACAACAUCCCGUUUGGGGUAAUCUCAACUGAGUCCGACCCUAAACCGCGUUGUGCGACGGCAUUGGGUGACUAUGCCAUUGAUUUGGCAGCAUAUUGGAAAGAUAGAACAUACACCCAACUUGACGGAAACAAGAGUCUGUACGAUAUUUUCAACCAGGGCUCACUGAAUGAAUUUGCCGCUCUAGACCCAUCAAUCCGGUCAGAUGUUCGCAAACAUUUGGCCAUAGAAUUGGCUGCCAGAAACGUCCCUAAAACAUGCGCGAUACCUCUCAAAUCUGUGAAAAUGCAUCGUCCCAUGGCUAUUGGGGGUUUUGUGGACUUCUUGUGUUCGCUUGAGCACUGUAAAAAUUGUGCUCCCUUGGCCGGUGGGGCAGUUUCUAACAACUUCUAUUAUGCGCCAUCCGUCUAUAAUGGACGAACAUCAAGCAUUGUUCUCUCCUCGGAACCCGUGCAACGGCCUCACGGGAUCAUUUACGACCCGGUAACCAAAGAACCGACAUUUUGCCCCUCAAAGAAAAUGGACUUUGAGUUAGAGAUGGGAAUCUUCGUCUCUAAGCCUGUCCCGAUAGGAGAGAGAAUAUCGAUCGAAGAUGCAGCUAAUCAUAUAUUCGGCUUUGUCUUGUUAAACGAUUGGUCAGCUAGAGAUCUUCAAGCCUUUGAGAUGAAUCCUUUGGGUCCAUUCCAUUCUAAGGGCUUCGGAACAAGUAUCUCGCCAUGGAUCGUUACUAUAGAUGCUUUGAUGCCAUUCGCUUGCAAGCCAUGGCACGAUCAUACGAGCACAGAGUUCGAACAUCAACGUUAUUCAGAUCGAACCAAGGGAACAUUCGAUAUUAAAUUGGAAGUAACUUUAGUUCGAAACGGAGAAUCUCAUAAACUCGCAACCAGUAACUUGAAUUACCUCUACUGGACACCAUAUCAACAAGUUACACAUCAUACUCUGGCCGGCUGUGGCUUGGAGACAGGGGACUUGCUUGGUACAGGAACCAUCACAGGAGAGACAAAACAAGAACUAGGCUCUCUGUUUGAGGCUACCUACAACGGUACCAAACCAAUCGAACUGGCUAAUGGUGAUACGCUGGGAUUUCUUGAAGAUGGAGACGAGAUUAUUCUCGGUGCGUCGUGUGGAGGUGGUGAAGGUCAACCUCGUUUGGGCUUUGGGGAGUGCCGUGGAAAGAUUCUGCCUGCUAAAUAA